CUCCCCCUUCUUUUCUGGUAUCACUAAGAUAGUGGGGACCAGCUGCCGGCUGCGCUAUUCCCUUUCUGCACUGCAUCGCGACCCCCAGUCCCUGCGCUGCUGCAGAAAGCAUCAUGCUCCCCACCUCCUUCCCCACGGUGGCAACCGUGCAUCCCUCAUCUCUGCUAUCUACAGGUCUUGCCUUCUUCCUCCACGCGGUGCCCGUAACACUGCAUCCUGUGUCCCGGCCAGGCGCCGCUGACACUGCGUCCUUUGGACUCUGCGAACCUAGAGUAGUCCUCAGUCUUCGAAAAUUGGGGGCUGGCCUCCGGCACAAUGUGGUAGUGAAAGCUGCGCCCGCGCCCAGGACUGAGGAUGGGCAGGCGGUCACCCCUAUAGUGGUUACGGGUCAAUCUCCUAUUGCGUCCAACAUCUUCCUGAAUUUGGCUCUUCCAGCCCUUGGGUUUGUGUCCCGCGCGCUGCAACCCCAUUGACUCAGCCAGGGUCCAGUUAUGUUUCUCUGUCUAGUCCUUUAAUCCCAAAGCAAGUUGGCUGUCUGCUGGGGAAGACAGAGGUGGCGACUUCACCCCCACCCCUGGUAACAAACUCUGUUACAGGGCUGUAAGGAGCAGCCAUUUUAGGGGGUGCUGAUGGAUACCUGCGGGGUCGGCUAUGUUGCCCUGGGGGAGGCCGGCCCCGUGGGAAGUAUGACUGUAGUAGACUCUCCUGGACAAGAGGUGCUAAGCCAGCUUGAUAUCAAGGUCUCUUCAGAAACAACCAGUGCAGAAGCUUCCAUAGAGAUGUCAUUACCUACCCCUUUGCCCGAAUAUGAAGAGUCUCUUGAUGAGAGUAUGCUCCCUCCAGAACAAGAAAGCCUCUCCAGAUUGGAGCAGCAAGAUCUUUCUUCAGAGAUGUCAAAGGUCUCAAAGCCUAGGGCCUCAAAGCCUGGCCGGAAGAGAGGUGCUAGGACACGGAAAGGCCCCACAAGGCCCCAGCAACCUAACCCUCCAUCAGCCCCUCUGGUUCCUGGUCUCUUAGAUCAAUCCAACCCUCUACCCACCCCCAUGCCUAAGAAACGAGGUCGAAAGUCCAAGGCAGAGCUGCUACUCCUGAAGUUGUCAAAAGGCCUAGAUCAGCCAGAGUCUCCACCUCCAAAGAGGCCCCCUGAGGACUUUGAGACCCCUCCUGGGGAACGACCCCGCCGAAGGGCUGCCCAAGUGGCACUUCUGUAUCUUCAGGAACUGGCUGAAGAACUCUCAACAGCCAUGCCUGCGCCAGUGUCCUGUCCUGAGACCCCUAAGGACAGCAGCCCCACCAAACUGAAGAAAAGCCAGCAGCAGGCAGCCUGUCAAGGCGGAGAACAGGAUGAUACUGCACGGGAUGAAGACUUUGUUCUCCAGGUCGAGGCUGAAGAUGGAGAAGAAAGUGAGGUCCCAAGUGAGAGCUCUUCUGACCCCGAGCCUGCGGUGCCUCAAAGCACCUCACGAGGAUCCACUUCAGGGGAAACACAGACACGAAUAAAACAGAAUCCUGCUCCUGCCUCUCAGAGUUCACAGUGGGAUAAGUGCCACCAGCCACCUGGAGGACAGAAGCAGAAACCACACUGUCGGGGAAUGGCUCUCAAUGGCUUGCCAAAUCACAUCAUGGCUCCAGUUUGGAAGUGCUUUCAUCUCACCAAGGAUCUCCGAGAACAGAAGCAUUCAUACUGGGAGUUUGCAGAAUGGAUUCCUUUAGCCUGGAAGUGGCAGUUGUUAUCUGAACUGGAGGCAGCGCCCUACCUGCCCCAAGAGGAAAAAUCGCCACUCUUUUCUGUGCAACGGGAAGGGCUUCCUGAAGAUGGCACACUCUAUAGAAUAAACAGAUUUAGCUCAAUCACAGCACAUCCAGAGCGUGGAGAUGUAUCUUUCUUCACGGGGGGACCACUCUGGGCUCUGGACUGGUGCCCAGUGCCAGAGGGGGCAGCGGCCUCGCAGUAUGUGGCCCUUUUCUCCAGCCCUGACAUGAAUGAGACACACCCUCUGAGCCAGCUUCAUUCGGGCCCUGGGCUGCUCCAGCUCUGGGACCUUGGGACAUUGCAGCCAGAAAGCUGUCCUGGCAACAGGGCCCAUUUCGUCUAUGGGAUUGCUUGUGACCAUGGCUGCAUCUGGGACCUCAAGUUCUGCCCCAGUGGGGCAUGGGAACUUCCAGGCACCCCUCGCAAGGCACCUCUCCUGCCCCGUUUGGGUCUCUUAGCGCUGGCCUGCUCGGAUGGGAAGGUGCUGCUAUUCAGUCUGCCCCAUCCUGAGGCCCUGCUGGCUCAGCAGCCCCCAGAUGCAAUGAAGCCCUCCAUCUAUAAGGUACAGUGUGUAGCAACCCUUCAGGUGGGGUCUAUGCAGGCUGCAGAUCCCCCUGAAUGUGGUCAGUGCCUUAGCCUGGCCUGGAUGCCCACCCGGCCCCACCACCACCUGGCUGCUGGAUACUAUAAUGGCAUGGUGGUUUUCUGGAACCUUCCCACUAACUCACCCCUGCAGCGGAUACGACUCUCUGAUGGCUCAUUGAAGCUCUACCCCUUCCAGUGUUUCCUAGCCCAUGACCAGGCCGUGCGUACCCUUCAGUGGUGCAAAGCUAACAGUCAUUUCCUAGUUUCUGCAGGGAGCGACCGGAAAAUCAAAUUCUGGGACCUUCGAAGACCUUACGAACCAAUAAACUCUAUCAAGCGCUUCUUGAGUACAGAGCUGGCCUGGCUGCUCCCCUACAAUGGUGUCACGGUGGCUCAGGACAACUGCUAUGCCUCUUAUGGACUCUGUGGAAUUCAUUAUAUUGAUGCUGGUUACCUUGGUUUCAAGGCCUACUUCACUGCUCCUCGAAAAGGCACUGUCUGGAGUCUUUCAGGAUCUGACUGGCUUGGGACAAUAGCCGCAGGAGAUAUAUCCGGGGAGCUCAUUGCAGCUAUAUUGCCUGAUAUGGCACUGAAUCCAAUAAAUGUCAAGCGACCUGUAGAGCGAAGAUUCCCUAUAUAUAAAGCAGAUCUGAUGCCCUAUCAGGACAGUUCUGAAGAUCAAGACCACUCUUCUGCUUCAUCUGGGGUCCCCAACCCUCCAAAGGCUCGGACUUAUGCUGAAACUGUGAACCAUCACUACUUGCUCUUCCAAGACACAGAUUUGGGUUCCUUCCAUGAUCUGCUCCACAGAGAGCCAGUGCUGCGCAUGCAGGACAGAGAGGGGCACUCUCAGCUCUGCCUGGACAGGCUGCAGCUAGAAGCUAUUCAUAAGGUACGUUUCAGCCCAAACCUGGAUUCCUAUGGAUGGCUGGUUUCUGGGGGGCAGUCAGGGCUGGUUCGGAUCCAUUUUAUCCGUGGACUCACCUCUCCAGUGGGCCACCGUAUGCAGCUUGAAAGCCGAGCCCACUUCAGUGCUAUGUUCCAACCAACCUGCCCUACUCAAGGACCUGGCUUCCCUCCAACCAGCCAUUGCCUUCUGCCCACUCCCUAGUCGUGACCCACACAGGACCCUUGGAGUGAAGUCUGCCAUGAACAAAUGGCCCCUAUGCACAGAGCUAUAGGAACUGAGGCCUUCCUGGACAGUGAUAUUGCCAGGUCUGGACCUUUAGACCUGCCAGGACUCUUUAGAUUUCGCUCCUUCCACAGACUUUUGUCAUCAUAGCCUCCUGCAGGCAGAGGGGCUCUCCCUCCACAAACUUGCCAGGCUCAGCCAAAAACUAUGGCUCAUGAGAAACACUCAGGCCUUAACAUAGGCUUGGGAGUCAAAUUGCUCAUAUUGAGCAUAUUGUGAAGUGGGUAAAGCUAAGUAAAGGUACUGGGUGUUUUUGAGACCACAUGUGAGUGGGUGUUUGGAGAACUGGAAAGGGUAUCUGCAUGAAGGCUCCUGUCUGAUUGCAGGGUCCAAUAUUACUGCCUUCCCAAACUUCCUUUUUAGAGUAAUCAACACACAGACCCAUGAAUGGGUGAUAGUAAUUUGGACUGAAGCUGCUUCUAGUACUUCUUUAACUGAGGAACACCACAAACACCCUAGCAAUAGAGCAGUGGCUCGGAUCUUACUUGCUCCUGCUAUGAAAUAUUCCCAAUCACUGGUUAUCUGACCCUACUUGAAUACUUCUAGAUAGUCAUGUUUUAAAACCCUCCAUUUAUAUCGAGUCAGAGUAUACCUCUUUAAAUUUUACCCUGCGUAUUAGGAAACCUAGUCAUUCUUCCCUGUGAUUUCCCUUAUAAGCAUUUAACAAUAGCUAUCAUGUGUUUCCCAAGUCUUUUCUUCUCUAGAUUAAAUAUCUUCAGUUACUUUAACCAUUCUUUUAUGAUUUUGAUCUUUCAUGAUAUGGUCACACUGUUGACUUAUUAAACAUGUUUAGCUUUAUUAUUGCUAUUAUGUAGGUGUUUAGAACCCAACUAAAGUAAUGUAUUGUUAUGUCUCAAUCUUGUUAAAGUCCUUUUGUGGAAUGCUGCAGACUCAUUGUGACUGCAGUACAGUCUCCUAAGCAAGGACAGACCCCAGCAAUGAGAAGUAGGCAAACCUUAGUCCUGCAAUGUAUAAGAGUAUAAUCUGAGUUUGGAAAUAAUCAGAUGACCUCAGGAUAUAGAGAAAAGUACUCUUACAGAAGGGAGUGGAAAUUACUUUAGUGCCUGUGUGGAGCAAACCCCUCUGGCACUCUAGAUCAAUAGACCAAAUGAACACCUUUCUGCCUCUUCAAUCUAGGGAAUUAUGUCAAAAAUCACUUUAAGUAGUUCAGUUUUCCUUAUGUACUGAAGAGGGUACAGAACUGGAAGAAGCAGAUCAUUAACAGCAGAGGGACCACAACCCUAUCAGUGCAAAGGAGCCAAGUAUUACACCAUCCUGUUGUGACCCAGCUCAGGUUCUACCUUUUUUUUUUUUGAGCUGACUGAUAAAUGCCUUACAUUUCAGAGAAGUUUGGUUCAUUCUACACAGCAAUUCCUUGAUAGUGCAUUGUGAAGUCUCACACCAGGUGGUAGGAAAGUUGGGGCCUGGGGACCCACACUGAUGAGGCUGUAGGUUGGUAUUGGCCUCUGCACCUGCUGCUGAUUCCCAGCCCUUUUAUCUACCCCAGGCUACUCCCCUUCCAAUCUGCUUGCCCAGUAUAUCCACUUCAUGCUAUCUGUGGAUUCCUACACUUGAUUGCCUCUGUGUCUUUAUUACCUUUGCUCACAUUAGUCCCUCCAAGAGUGUCUUUUUCCAUCUUUCCUAAGUCCUUUUCAUUCUUCAAGAUUCCAAGUCAAAUUCCAUCUUUACCAAAGAGCUUCCUAGAUGUCUCUAGUAAAAUGUAUUCUCUUUUCUAUGUGUUUCUAACAGGGAGGAAGGAAAUGAGAACAAGUGUUACAUAUUAUAUACUUGAUCUGUUUUCAGGUACUUUGUAUGUUAAUCUUAUGAGGUAGGUAUUGCCCCACUCAAUAUCAUUCUGAGUGAUUAAGCAUUCUGAAUGAGAUUAGGAAACUACCAAAUUAUGGUGCUGGGAUUUGAACUAGACUAAUUUCAGGAUACAACGUUGCAACUUAACCACAUUUGGUGUCAUUACAUAUACUAGUGUAAAUUCACUCUACCACAGUUUUUUGUAUAUAGAAACCUUUAGUUAAAUAUUGAAAAAUCCUCUUCCUGUGUUUCUCUAAUAUCUGAAAGUUCUUCCUGCCUUAAUCAUCCAGGGAUUAAGCAAAUUGGGCUGGGACUACUGAGGUGGAGAGAGAGAGAUUGCUGUCUCUUGAAGAAUGGACUCCCUGGAGAUAGUUAAGCAAAGGCUCUCAGCCUGACAAAUACACUGCCAGGGAUUUUGUUGUGUUUCUGCGAUCCUAGAAAGGAAGUUGCACUAUAUUCACAAAUUUUAAACUGUUAGAGCUGGAAAGGGAUUAAAUCAUCAAAUCUGUUGGACUUCAACUGUUUCGGGCUUCUUUGUUUAAAAGUAGC